CUUCCAAGUGCCAGAUGAUGGAGGAACGUACCAACCUGAUGCACAUGAUGAAACUCAGCAUCAAGGUCUUGCUCCAGUCUGCGUUGAGCCUGGGCCGCAGCCUGGAUGCGGACCAUGCCCCGCUGCAGCAGUUCUUCGUAGUGAUGGAGCACUGCCUCAAACAUGGGCUGAAAGUUAAGAAGAGUUUUAUUGGCCAAAAUAAAUCUUUCUUUGGUCCUUUGGAGCUGGUGGAGAAACUUUGUCCAGAAGCAUCAGAUAUAGCCACUAGUGUCAGAAACCUGCCAGAAUUAAAGACAGCUGUGGGAAGGGGCAGAGCUUGGCUUUAUCUGGCACUCAUGCAGAAGAAACUGGCAGACUAUCUGAAAGUGCUUAUAGACAAUAAACAUCUCUUAAGUGAGUUCUAUGAACCUGAGGCGUUAAUGAUGGAGGAAGAAGGGAUGGUGAUCGUCGGUCUGUUGGUGGGACUCAACGUGCUUGAUGCCAAUCUCUGCUUAAAAGGAGAAGACUUGGAUUCUCAGGUUGGAGUGAUCGAUUUUUCUCUCUAUCUGAAGGAUGUGCAGGAUCUUGAUGGUGGCAAAGAGCAUGAAAGAAUCACUGAUGUCCUUGAUCAAAAAAACUAUGUAGAAGAACUGAACCGGCACUUAAGCUGCACAGUUGGAGAUCUUCAAACCAAGAUCGAUGGCUUGGAAAAGACCAAUUCAAAGCUUCAAGAAGAGCUUUCGGCUGCCACAGACCGGAUUUGUUCACUUCAAGAAGAACAGCAGCAAUUAAGAGAACAGAAUGAAUUAAUCCGUGAGAGAAGUGAGAAGAGGGUGGAGAUAACGAAACAGGACACAAAGGUUGAGCUGGAGACUUACAAGCAGACGCGGCAAGGCCUGGACGAGAUGUACAGUGACGUGUGGAAGCAGCUGAAGGCGGAGAAGAAGGCCCGGCUGGAACUAGAAAAAGAACUGGAGUUACAAAUUGGGAUGAAAACCGAAAUGGAAAUCGCAAUGAAGCUACUGGAAAAGGACACCCACGAGAAGCAGGACACUCUGGUGGCCCUGCGCCAGCAGCUGGAAGAUGUCAAAGCCAUCAACUUACAGAUGUUUCACAGAGUUCAGAAUGCAGAGAGCAGUUUACAGCAGAAGAAUGAAGCCAUCACAUCUUUUGAAGAAAAAACCAAUCAAGUUAUGUCCAGCAUGAAACAAAUGGAAGAAAGGUUGCAGCAUUCGGAGAGGGCGAGGCGGGGGGCCGAGGAGCGGAGCCACACGCUGCAGCAGGAGCUGGGCGGGAGGACCAGCGCCCUGCAGCAGCAGCUCGCCCAGCUGCACGAGCAGUGCUCAAGUCUAGAGAAAGAGCUGAAAUCAGAAAAAGAGCAAAGACAAGCUCUUCAGCGAGAACUGCAGCGCGAGAAGGACACGUCGUCCCUGCUCCGAGCAGAGCUGCAACAAGUCCAAGGGCUGAAGAAGGAGCUGCGGGAGCUGCAGGAGGAGAAGGCCGAGUUACAGAAGGUUUGUGACGAGCAAGAACAAGCCCUCCAGGAGAUGGGUCUGCACCUCAGCCAGUCAAAGCUGAAGAUGGAAGACAUCAAAGAAGUAAAUAAGGCACUGAAGGGCCACACGUGGCUGAAAGAUGAUGAAGCAACGCACUGCAAGCAGUGUGAAAAGGAGUUCUCCAUCUCCCGGAGGAAGCACCACUGCCGAAACUGUGGCCACAUCUUCUGCAACACGUGCUCCAGUAACGAGCUGGCCCUGCCCUCCUAUCCCAAGCCAGUGCGUGUGUGUGACAGCUGCCACACCCUGCUCCUCCAGCGCUGCUCCUCCUCCACCGGCCCCUAAGUGGGGGGUGGGGGCUUGGAGGGCCUGCCUUCCGGACCUGUCACCUGGCCGGUCUUCAGGGGCCAGGGGUGUGGGCAGCUUUGGAAGAGUGCCAGAUUGUUUGGAUUCCAGGGUGGCCAGGGGCUUGGGAGGCUGGUUUUCCAAAAGAAUCAAAGGAAAGAGUAAGAUCCUCGCCCGGGCUGCUGGCACUCUGGAACACACGCAGCAUGCAGGGCCAGAAGACGUACACACUGCUCCUUUCCAAACUGUAUGGAUUCAGCGCCUUGGGACUGAAGCUCUUCCUUCUCACUUGACACCACUGGCUUUGGUUCAGAUAGAACUUUGUGAUUUUGCUGUGGUCACUUUUCACUUUGCAGAGAACUGAACUAUUUUGCAGCAGUCCCACUAGGGUUGUGAGUAAUCAGUCCCUUUCUCACCACCACCACCCUCUGUCCCCCAGUGUGCCUUCCCUGCCUGUCAAUUUACAAUUUCACACCCUUGUGAAUAUCCAUCGUUAGCCCUGCAAUAAAAGCAUUUAUUUUUCA